UUAUAAUUAUGCAAAAAGUAGUACUAUAAUGAUCAGUGCAUUAUUUGGUCUCAGGUGGUCUAAGAUCGCAUCCCACUUUCCGGGAAGGACAGACAACGAGAUCAAGAAUGUGUGGAACACUCAUCUCAAGAAGCGAUUGAUGAAGAGAAAUUCAUCAUCUGAUGUUAUCAAUCAUUCAGUGUCCUCUACCUCUUCUUCUUCUUCCUCAAUCUCAUCAAUCUUGAAGGAUGUUAUUAUUAUCAGCGAGAUGCCUAACCAGGAAGAGGAGUUUGAGGAAAUCUUGGUGGAGCAAAUGGCAUGUGGAUUUGAGGUUGAUGCACCACAAUCACUAGAAUGUCUCUUUGACGAUAGCCAGAUUCCUCCUCCUAUACCUAAACUAGACUCACUAGAAAUCCAUGGGAAAUCAUCAGAUCACGAAUUUUGGAGCCGACUGGUUGAACCAGGGUUCGAUGAUUACAAUGAGUGGCUCAGCUUUUUGGAUAACCAAACUUGCUAGAACACACAAGGAGUUGAUCCAUCAUGUCUUAUUGUUGCAUUGUCUUUUUCUUCUUCUUUCUUUUAGAUAAAUUUAGAAUACACAGAGAACACACUGUUUCUCUAAAAGCUAGAACUUGAAACUAGAAUGUAUACGAGUCAGAAGCAGAUGUUGGAAUUAUUAUUAAACCGGACGGUGAGGAUAAAAUCAUAUUUGAGAU